AUGUCUAGCAUCGUCAACAAGGUCAAGGAGGCCGUCUCCGGUCACCACGAUAAGUCCUCUGCCCCCGAGGGUACUUACGGCACACACGACAGCCGCACUGCCAACGCUGCUGACCCCAGAAUCGACUCUGACCGUGACCACCGCGCUGCUCCCGGCUCAACUGUUGGUGGCACUCACGACUACACAACCGGCAACAACUACUCUCACACUGGCCCAACCUCCGGAUACUCUUCUGGAACCACUGGUGCUUACGGCUCAUCUCGUGAGGGUGAGUACGGUCCUCACGGGUCUCGGAUGGCCAACGCUGCCGACCCCCGUGUUGACAGCGACCGCGAUGCCAGCCGCACUGUAGGUGGAAACAACUACGGCAGCUCUGCUACCCACGGCACCACCGGUGCCUACGGUUCAACUGGUACUUACGGCUCUACCGGCCGAGAGGGUCCUCACAGCUCCAACAUGGCCAACAAGAUGGAUCCUCGCAUUGACUCUGACCGAAGCGGCCAGCGCAUGGGCAACACUGCUGGUGACUACUACGGCAGCGGUCGUGAGGGCGAGCACGGCCCUCACCAGUCCCGCCUUGCUAACGCUGCCGACCCUCGCGUUGACAGCGACCGUGAUGCCAGCCGAACCGUAGGCAACACUUACGGCAGCUCUGGAACCCACGGCACCACUGGCGCUCACGGUACUCACGGUGCUACACACGGCACCCACCAGCUCGGCGGCAACUACGCCCCUGGCCCUGCCCCCCACACUGCCGGUCCUCACAAGUCCGAUGCCAUGAACAAGGCCGACCCUCGCGUCGACUCCGACCUUGACGGCAGCAAGACCUACGGUGGCAACAAGACCUAUGGAGUUGACGAGUCGAGAUAUAACAAGGAUCCCACGGAUGCUGCCCAAGUACCUCCCUCAGUCUUGCAGGAGACAAUUGGCCGGCCCUCCGUCGAGCACAACGACCGCCACCACAACCGUGAGCGUCGACACAGCUUGGCGAACCAGGAGACGCACCGCGGGCUAUAA